AACGUCAGUCAUAUGGUUUGACAAAAAAAUGACAAUGUCACUGUCGAACAGCUUGUUGAGUGUUUUGUGGUUUUGUGUUAUUUUCAGAGUUCGUGAAUAACUUCGAAUGUUAUGAGUAUUUUUCUGCUGCAGCAAAUAAUAUUUCAGUGAUUAUUUCGAUUAAAAAUUGUUUUAUAAUGUCUUUACCAGCAUAACCACGCAUGAUUGUUUACAGAAAGAAAAUAAGAAGACUCCACCAUGAAGGAAGAAGAGCUGACAUACAAAUUAAAACUCCUUGAUCAACUUACAGGAGAAGUUUAUGAUGAAAUUUUACAGCUUUACUAUGACAUAGAAGAAUCAAAACCAUGCAAAGAAUUUAGCAAUGACACCAUAGAAUUUUUGAAACUAAACUUAAAGAACAAUCCUGUGACCACAACAAGCAUACUAUCCUACAUACAACAAAAUGCUCACCAAGAUGAUCCAAAUCUCAAUAAAAUACAAGUUCUAUAUUUGGACAUCUUGAAAUAUGAGCUGACCGAAACAAACUCUAUGGAUAGACUCACCACAUUGAUAUCAUUAGUUAGAUGGAAUGAUGCUUUCUUGCCCCAAUUUGUUAGUCAGAUACUGCAACAUAUUUCUGAGGAACAUUACAGACAGUAUAGAAAGCAGAUCUUACUAAGCCUCAUACCACAAGAGAAGCCAGAACUUUUGCAUAUAACUGCUGAUCUCAUGCAAAGGAAUGAACCACAAAAAGAGUUCAAACUGACACCAGAGUACAUGCUUGAACUGUGUUACCAGGACAGAACACACUGGCUGCUCAAAGCUGCCCAGGUGUACAAACAACAGGUUCAUGACAUGAAGAAUGUCACAUUCAAAAUUAAUAAUUUCACCAAACAGAUUUUAAUCAUGGUGCUCAUUGAUCUCACAAACAGUGCUGAAACAUUUGAUCUUACAUCUCUGGUCCAUCAGCUUACUAAUAUAUUUUCUAUUUUGGAUACCUAUACUACUGCUGAUGACCAUCUACAAUUUUAUAUAACAGAAGUGAAAAGAGAAUUGACUAUAAUCAAGUUUUGUUUGGAAAACAAUUGUAAAAUAAUGACCACUUCAAUAUUUAGUCAAGUAUUGGCACAGAGUGCUUUAGCUGUUAUAUCUCAAGUAUGUAGGCUUUCUAAAGUAGAUAGAUAUAAAGUAUCAAGACUUUUGAAUACAAACAAUGACUUUAUAGCUGAGUUGAAAUCUUUGAAGAACAAGAUGACAAAUAAAAAUCAAGAGAAAUGUGCAACAAACUGGGACAUAAUGACGUAUAAUAGUUACUGUGCUAUUACUAAAAUAAUUGACACAAUAGUGAAUUCAUCUGAAGGUGUGGAAGGUAGUCAGGGCACUGUGUCUUCUCUGGAUGAGUUGAAACGUCUUGUUCUGUCUAUUCAACCUCUUCAAAGCUGUAUUGAAGUGAUUGAAAACAUUUUCUCAUGUCUCUUCAUAAGGUACGAAUAUUUCUCAUGUCAUGAGCACACUCAGGACAACCCUUGUGGGGCUCAUUCAGAUUGUUCAUACUUUUAUGCAAAGAAACAAACAGCUAACUCGAAGAGCCCUAACACUAGCAAUGCAGGCUUUAUGUGCAACUCUUAUACCACACAGCUUGUGCUGAACACUCUAAAACUGUGUUUGGAGAAAUUGGAGGAGAAAUUAGAAGUUGAUAACGAGCAUGAGGUAUCUUUGAGGCUGAAGAAGUUGGUGAAAGUAGUGAACCAUUCUAUAUGGAAGCUGCAGUUGGUUUCGACGUUAUCUCCUGACACCAGUCCACUGCCUUUGAAGCUCUGUUUGGACUAUGUAGAAGUUGAUGAGAGCAGCGAGGACGAGGCUAGAGAGAUGGACUUGAAGGUGUUUAGAAAAAAACCUAAGACUAGGAGAAAGAAUCCGAACACUAAACACGAUGGGGAACAAGUUAUGUUUGCUUCUACUGUGUCAGAUGAAACAUAUCCAUCAAAGAAAGGCAAUGGCAUAGACUUCAUAUCAAUAAUGUUGGCAAAACCUACGAGUCUUGUCGCGCUCGCGCUUUACCAUAAUGACUUCUCCAAAGCUAAUCAGAUAUUAGAGAUGUUCGACUUGGCGGACUCCGAAAUUGCUACAGAAGUAACAUUUACAGAGCACCUCCGUAAUUUAAUAGCUAAGAUCAAAAACAUAAUUUACUAUAGAGAUGAUACUCGCUACCCGACCAAAGAACUUUCAGCGUUAUCUGUCGUGUCUACUGAAGUUAUGGGCCUAGUAGAAGGGUUUCUGGCUUCGAAUCGAGCUCCGAAUUCCUUCGACAUUAUAGAGUUAGGAGCCCGCCAUCCGCACUUGCAACUAUAUAACCAUCAAAACGCUCCUUUCAUCAACGCUGUUGACAUAUUGCUUAGUAGUGGCCUAAACAGGGAGAUCACGUAUGGCCUUAUAAAUGUUGUAGAGAGGAAACUUGCCGAAGUUAGGAGCUGCACAGAUAUUGCAGCAGUUAAGAAAACCAACUACAUACGCUUUGUGGAAGACAUAGCUAGUGUCACAUUCGAAAUAUUUGGGAACACAGAAAAGUCAUUUAACUUUAUCGACAAUAUCUGUGGACUGAUAACAGACUGCAGAAUUCCAAUAAAGCAUAAAGAGUUUUGUAAAUUAAACCAGCUUUCUAAGGAGUUAAGACAGUCUUGUGAAGACCUGAUAGAGGUGGUGACUCCAAAUGAGUCUGUUGAGCUAGACCACAGCCUGCUGCAGAAAUAUCAUCAGAUCUAUAUGAACGUAGUCGCUGCUUCUGACAAAGACUUGUGUAACAUCAGUGAGGUGUCUCGCCAAGGGAGCAAGAAAGCAAGAAUACCUUAUCUACGAAUGUGUUACAUUUACUGCAAAACUGUGUCCCAGUUGGAGCAGGAAGAUAAUAGGUCUAUAGACAGUGGCUCCGACGUGCCCUAUUUCGCAGUCCUCGAACGACAGCUACAUGACAUAUUCGGGAACAUGAUAAACAAUAAAGAGAUUCCGGUCACCAAUUUGGAACCCAUCUGUAAAAAGCUAAAUGUAAAUCUGAUACCGAAACUAAUACUAAACUUCUGUCCUUCAAUCACAUUAGCUGGGCCUCCUAAAGAGGCCAGCGAAGUUAAUUUCAAUAAUUUACUUCAUGCUGUGUACGAUUAUAAGAAUCCGGAAGAAAAUCUGUUUUUGGAUCCCGUCACCAAUUUUGCUCCAUUACCUCGUGCCCCCGAUACGCAGUGCCUUACCUAUGUUGUAUUACAUAAUUGGGUCUUAGCUCAUAUUAUAAAAAAAAUCCAUACGUCUCCCAACGAAAAUAGCUUACAGCAAAGUAUGGACGCUCGUACGAAAUGCUUGAACAACUAUAUGGAGUUGGAUCGGUUCAACUGCACGAAGGAUUUGUUUGGUAACAACAAGUAUUUGGCGUCCCUUCACACUACGGUUGACUUAGACAAGCUAUUCCUCUUCAUGCCACAAUUGUUGGAGUCGGGGAAGAUUCUCAAAUGUCUCAAUAUCAUAGACUCGCUUUCGGAGCGUCAAUUAAUGUGUAGCGCGAAUUUGUCUAAUCUGAGGGAUUUGAUUCUUCUCAAAUUGGCUACGAACCCAAAGAUUCCUAACAAUUGGAAGUAUUGCCAAUACUUGAAGUGUCCGGAGCUGAAGGUGGAUUUAAUUUUGAACAACUUAAGCGUUUGGCCAGCGGAUGGUGCUCUCGAAGUUUUGGACUAUCUCCGUUUUCUGCUGAACCAAGACGCUUUAGAUGAGGGGUUGUAUGAGAAAUGUUCAGAUUGGAUAGUCAAGAUACCUUUGUAUGAUCAGAUAGCGGCAAUAAUGGGAACGAACCACUGGUACACUAUUUACGAAAGAUCCAUUGAAAAUCCGGAGAGCGUUAUCGAAGUCCUCAUGGAUAGUCAACAGUUUAAAUUAUCUGAGUGGGCAGAUGCACACGAGGUGUCCGAAAACAUGAAGAAUUUAAUAGUAAUGAAUCUCUUGCGCCAAAUGUUUGAAUACACAAACCAAGCCACUCCAGAACUCGUCCACCAACUUCUACUGAGACUACCAACAUCUCAAGCUAUGGACCUCAUUCAAGACGAGAUGUCCAAAGUACGGAACGUCGAAAUACUCCAAGUUUGUGUAGACUUCAUAUCAGAAAACUCUUUCGACUGGAAGUCAUUCGAAAACAUCAAAAUAGGACUCCAAAUUAUGCUCGAAAUCGAUCCGAACUGUCGACACAUGUUUUGGGACCUAAUUGAGUCUCCUUUACUCAUGAUUGAACAGUUCCUAAUGAACGGGAAAUUGGAUAUGCUCGCUAACAUAAUAAACAAGAUAUCCCCAAGCCUGAAAAAGGACCCGAGUGGCGACAACCUGUACUACAAUAUAAAAUCGAUUGAGAGUUUAGUCAUAUCUCGGAAUGCUGUCGAUGCCUUACUGAGAUUUUAUGCCGAAAAGGCUCUAGAUAUGAGGAAUCCACGUAACCUUUGUCCUGUACCUCCAAAGCCAUCAGACGACUCUUUACUACAGUCGAUAGAUUCUAUCACCCUCGAGGCUGCAAAUAUGCCUUUUACGAUGCCUGAACAGGUUCCAAGCAAAGAGCAAUGGGCUGAGGACUACUCGACUGAUCGAUGCAUGCUCUGUCAUACAUCGAUGUUUUCCAUGAUCAUUCGCAGACAUCACUGUCGGCGAUGCGGUCGGCUUGUAUGCCACGCUUGCUCCCGACAUAGGAUGCAAGUCCCUACGUACCCGAGCGGGGUCAAAUUCCGAGUUUGUGACGACUGUUAUACUCAAACGAUGAAUAGAAAGGCCAAUUCUGAGCAUGAUAUGAUGAUGAGUAGUAACUCUGACUCGGCCGGUAGUGGGGUUACGUGCAUGGAUUGGUGUCUGUCUACCAAUGCUAAUAAGAACGAUGCGGUUCGAACGGAGUUUAGCUACGAGUUCACACCUAAUGUCACGCUGUGCUUGUCUAUUAUGAAGAUGCAUUCUAUUAAUUUGGACUAUCCUAGGUUCCUGUUAGACCGCAGUGACGAGGUAGCUCGCGAGUUGUCUCACGGCGGCGACGCGCGUCUACUAGUCCGUGCGCGACGCUCGCUGCUCCUAGCAGCAGCUGAACUGUACUCCAGGACUCCUCAAGAUGCUGUUAUGUCAGGCGGUCGAGCAGUGGUGGCAGAAACAGGCGCACUUCACGCAGCUCGCUGCUUAGCCCACGCGGACGCUAUGGCCACCCUCGUCACGCAUCAGGCUCAACACCUCGUGCCGCAUCAUGGCGCACAUCCUAGUCAAAUAGUAAGAUCUCUACUCGAAGGAAAAUGGGAGUUAGCACUAGAAAUUGCAACGAAAUCAGGUCUCGCCCGAAACAGCGUGCUAGCCGCUUGGGGCAAAGCGUGCCUUAAAGCUGGCUGUUUCAAACAGGCCAGAGAAAAAUUCGCACAUUGCUAAAACGCCUUAAACGUCUGUGCCGAGGUCACAGAAGACUGCGAAUUUGGUCGAGAAGCUUCGGAAUCUCAGUUUAUUAAUAGAAGAUUGCAUAGUAUGAGGUACUCGGAGCGAACUAGUUCCAUGUCCAGUGUUCAGUCUGAUGGACGGCCUAGGAACAACCCGCCGCUGCUGAAUGAGAUUAUAUCCAUGCUGGAAGAUAUGAACUAUCCUGUUAACCAACAGUUGCUGAAUAGAGCUGAAACUAUAAAGACCACAAACGAGAAACUAACGACACUAAACACCAACAAAAAGAAGAUUCAACUCAGCGAACCAGCUCUAAACAUUAUGCACACAUUAGCCAGCGUCAAGAAAAUCAAACAGGGCGACUAUAGCGACUUCCAGACUGCCACAUUACCUCCCAAAAAAAGUCUAGCCCAAGGUCUAUUAAGAAGAAAUAAUAACCAUAAUGAGCCUAAAAUAGACCACCAACUUAAAAGACUGGAUCCAUUCUUUUAUAAGGAAUGUGUGUAUUACUUGACAAACUAUGGGUCCCAUACGGCGAAUAUAGCGUUUUAUAUGAAGCAUAGUAAUUUGAGUGAGGUGAUAAAGUACUGCUAUGACAAUCUGGUCGAUAAGGAGACUUUCACGGAUUCGGUGUAUAUGGAGUGCUUGAAGAAGGAUAAGGUUAAUGAUUUGUUAAAGGCCAUGACUGAUAUUGAUAGCACGCUGGAUAUGUGGGCGGAAUACAUAAUGCACAUCUGCCGCACACUAGAGAUGUCGAAACGCCUAGAAGCGCUAUACGCCGUCCAAUGCGGCAGCGGGCAGCACGCCCGCGCGGCCGCCACGUGCGCGCUGCUGUACGCGCGGCCCGCGCCGCAAGCCGCCGCGCCGCACGCCGCCCUGCAUGCGAGGCAGCACCAUCUAGCGGCCGCCUUGCACCAUCUAGCGUUACUAGUUCCUGCGCCUACUAAAACGAGUGAUGCCCGAUCCUUCCACUUCAACCUAGACAAGGCUACCAUAGACAAUUUAAUCACGACCAUAACUCGUCAGAUCGAGCUCGCUAAAUACCUAGCAUCAUGUGAAGCCAGCGGCAGACUGACUGAAAGAGUUCUCAAUGAGGCCAUUCCUAUACAGAAUAGAAAGGAGUCUGAAACGUCUGAUAUACGACCUCUGACGCUGUUUGGGUCUAAUACAGAUAAAAUAAGGCUUGUAGCUGUCGUGUUAGCGAGUGGGCCUUCCAUUGAAGUUGGUUAUGAGUUGGCUAUCAAAAUCAUAACGGAACAUAAGCUGGACUCGAUGAACAUUUACAUCCACGUAGCAAGGUUUCUGGUGAACUCCGAUAGGUUCAUAGAAGUCAAGACUUUAGCUAAAUGCAUACGAGCGUCUAAGGAAACUGCAGCUAGUCUAAUGAGCGACCAAGUACUGGAGUCCGGAGUGAGCGCAGUGGUGUCCCGAUGCGAGUCCCGCGGGCAGCUGUACGACGAACAAGCUGAGAUACUCAUAGCCGAUAUACACAGCGUUACUAUAAAGAUAUCAUGUUACCUAGUCUGCCGUAACGUAAGUAGCGCGUAUAUAUUAGCCGCGCGGAACGACCGCACGAAUGAUCUCCGUCGCGUAUUGCAAGAGGCGGAACGACUCGGCAACGAUCAAGUCAGGAACGCUUGCCUGAAACGACUCACCUCUAAAAACGUACUAUAGCAUCAAGGAGUUCCUAUGCCCCUAUGUCAAAAUUAGUGAUGCCCAUUUUCAUAGACUGUAGCUACCUCCUUUUUUGACGAAACCCCUUUAAAUGACACGUAGUGGAUACAACAGACAUGUCCUUUAGUUAGUUUCUGUUUUACCAUCACUUACCUGCCUAAAGGUUAGGUGACAAAAUUGUUUCGAACGAAUCUUUAAAGGGCUAGACGCUAGUUUUACUAUUUUUUAUUUAAUAAUCUUAUUCUGUCGGCGGUGUUGGUGAAAAUGAGCAUCAGUGGCGGCGUAGCAUUGGAUGGCACCCGGGGCGGACGACUACUUAUUGAGCACCCCCCCCACCCCAAAAAAAAAAACUACAAAAUAUAAUUACGUAGUAAAAAAAGUCAUACAGAAUGAACACAAAAGUACCCAGACAAGUUUGACAAGUGAAGAAGGCGCGAGCGCAGCGAGCGCGAAAUUUUUGAUAUUUGGGACGCAGAAUUAAAUCAGAGAAAAGCACCACAAAGUAUACGGCGCGAGCGCAGCGAGCGCGAAAUUUUUGAGUUUUGGAACACGAAAGUACUCAAAAAAGUUUGAAAAAAAAAACGACUGAAAGCAGCUGCGAGCGUCGCGAGCUCAAAAUUUUUUGAUAUUUGGGACACAAAAGUCCUCCACCUCCGCUUACAAAUAGCGCCUAAAUAACUUAGAAAUAUUCACAGUAAAAUGAAUUAUUUUAUUGUUAUUUUUGAGGACUCUCUAAUUUGACUCAGAAUUAAGUACAAAUUAAAAGAAACCGUGAUUGAAGCGAGCCUCAGUUGUUUUUGCUACUUCGGUGCUUUAACUUUUUGCUAGAUUGAGGAUUCAAAAAGUAAGCGCGGAACAAACUAGAAAUGAGAGAAAUCCGCGAGCGAAGCGAGCGAAUUUUUUUUUCUAACUUUGAGGAAUUAAUUUCGUAAGUAAUCAGAUAAAAGCAAAAUACAAGAGAAGGGUGACAGUCGGACUGAGGGGUGACCGCCUCGAUGUCUCGCACAUGCAUUGUUGUAGUUUUGUUUAAAAUUUGAAUAUCGCGCAGUAAAUGGUAGUGAACCUAGGCAGAUUAGAAUAGCACCCUUAGUGACUUGUCCCAUCUGCCCGCGCCAACCUGGUCAUGCAGGUAUGUGCCGACCGAGAUGACACCCCCCGAGAUGUGGCACCCGGGGCGGACCGCCCCCUCCGCCCCCCCCUUACGCCGCUACUGAUGAGCAUAACUCUCCUGUUACCUAUCAUAAAUGUAAAUAAAAAUAUUUUAAAGAAUUUAUGUUGAAUCAAAAUAAUUAAGAAAAAAUAUAGUUUAUGAAAUACAGAUGAAUUGACUCGAUAAUAUAAUUUUGUACUGUAUAAAUAAAUGGACAGUCAUUGGCCAGAUUGAAGCAUUGUUUUUACGUAAAUAAUGUAUGACAGUCAAAACAUUUUGGUAACCUCGUUUUAUUGUUGGUACAUACAUACAUUAAAAUAACAUUAUCAUGUAAUGAAUUGUAAUAUUUGGGUAUUCAAUGUAGGUGCUUGUAUUUUAUAAGGAGCCUAUAAUUUAAAAUAUGGGAUUGGACAUAAAAUUUCUCAAGACAUAGGUAUAUGGAUUAUGGCUAUAAAAUUAAAUUUUGCAGCUAAAUAAAGCAUUUGUUAAAAGUAUGUGUGCCUGUUAUUGUAUGUUAUCUUUUUACAGUUAAUUAAUCAAACACAUUAAGGUUAAUAAACAUAGAAGAAACAAUAAUUUGAUAGUGUAUUGUGUAGUAAUAACUCUUUGACUUGGUGCAAUAAAGAUGCAUUUUUAUAUGUAUGUGAUAGUUGACGAUAUGCAAAUGACAAUUUGUUUAUUGCAUUGUAUAAUUAU